CUCAUCAGAAACAUACAUAGCUUAUUUAUCGUCUCCAAUGACUUUCCUUGAGUUACUCAUAUUGCUUCUGUGCCCUGUUGUUCUUUGCUAUUGGGGGUGGAGUUUCAGGAGGCACAGAAACUGGCGACCGAGGAAGUGGCGUCUCGUUGGUUUGGUGCGACUUGUUCAAAAUGCUCACCGUGUCCAUGACCAUACAACUGAACUCCUAAAAGAAAGUGGGGGCACAUUUGUGUUCAAAGGCCCUUGGUUUGCUAACAUGGAGAUGUUGGUCACUGCCGACCCUGCCAACAUUCAUCACAUCCUCAGCAAAAACUCCUCAAACUACAACAAAGGCCACGAUUUCAAACAAAUCUUCGACAUUUUGGGAGAUGGGAUCUUCAACGCGGAGGCAAAGGUGUGGGAAGCCCAACGAAAAGUCACUAUGUCGCUGAUGAACCACUCAAAGUUCAAGACCUUGUUAGAGAGAGCAACCUGGCAGAAAGUAGAAAAAGGGCUAAUCCCAGUUUUUGAUCAUUUCUCAAAACUAGGAGACUUGGUGGACUUGCAAGAGUUAUUUGAGAGGUUCACUUUCGACUGUGUGUCCAUAUUUGUUUUAGGCCACGAUCCCGGCUGCCUUUCCGUUGCCUUGCCACAUCUUCCAUGUGAAAAGGCAUUUGCCGACGCCGAGGAGGCCCUGUUACAUAGACAUGUACUGCCAUUAAGCUGUUGGAAGUUGCUGAAAUGGCUUCAAAUUGGCAAAGAAAAGAAGCUGAGUAUGGCCUGGGAAAGUCUUGAUGAAUUUCUCUACCAAUGCAUUUCAAAGCAUGAAGAAGAAGAAGCAGCAAGUAAAAGCAAAGCCGAAAAAGUGGAGGAUGAGGGUUUUGUUUUGUUAACAGAGUACCUGAAAGCAUACAAAGAAAAUUUUACCAUUCCCAGUGACACCAAGAAGUUUCUAAGAGACACCUCACUGAGUUUGAUGGCCGCAGGGAGAGACACCGUAAGUGCGGCCCUUUGUUGGUUCUUCUGGCUCAUUGUGGUGAAUCCUUCAGCAGAAAUCAAAAUCCUAGAAGAGAUCAAAGCGAAUGUGCAUGUGAAAGAUGAUGAGAAAUGGUGGUUUUUCAGUGUGGAAGAGUCUCGUAAACUAGUUUACCUCCACGCAGCUUUAUGUGAAUCUUUACGCUUGUUUCCACCCAUAGCAUUGCAGCACAAAUCUCCAGUUCAGCCAGACAUACUUCCGAGUGGACAUCGCGUUCAUCCAAAGACAAAGACACUGAUAUCUUUCUAUUCAGUGGGUAGGCUGGAGACGAUAUGGGGCAAAGAUUGUCUGGAAUUCAAGCCGGAGAGAUGGAUUACUGAGCAAGGAAGGAUUAGAAAUGAACCAUCUUACAAGUUUCCAGUGUUCAAUACUGGACCUAGGACUUGCUUGGGGAAGGAUAUGACUUUUGUCCAGAUGAAGAUAGUUGCAGCCACCAUUAUUUGUAACUAUCAGAUUCAACUAGCAGAGGGCCAUCCUGUUACUCCAAAAGAUUCAAUCGUACUUCAUAUGAAACAUGGUUUCAAGGUCAGGAUUAACAAAAGAAAUAGUGUUUGAUGAACAACAGCACACUAGAGGGAGGAAUGCCAUGGUACGUACUUGGCGAUGAUAGUAUGUUUAUGGUUUUAGUUUAUCUAUGUCUAUGUAAUCACUACAAAAUAAAAUUAUACCAAUGGGCUAUAGCUAGCCUAGAUGGUAUAAUAGGCUCUAGUUUAAAUUGUAUAAGCUAUCCUUUCCCUCAGGAGGUUAUAUAGCGAUUGUCUACGAAAAAAUGUUUGAUAAUAUUAUUGUGAUUUGAAUAGUAUUGUGUUUGUUUCUAAAAAAAGAGUUCAAAAUCGAAAACUUUGUUUAUUUCAUAUGGUAGCAACAACAUAGUAUAAAUGAAAAAUACCACCAAAAAAAAAAAAAACAAA